CGAAGAAAUUGCUGAAACCUUCCUGAUUUCCUGUUCCAGUAACCAAAUAUUUCUUCAAGGGUUGAUGAAAGCCUCAGGAGUUUUAAUUUGGGAUUAUCUGCUACAAAACAGUAGGAUUUUUAAAAGACUAAGGUGGUAAAAGACUCUUGCUUUUUUGAUCCUAGACGUUCUUAUAAUACUCUCUUUUCCUCAGAUAAAUUGGGGUUAGAUAAAGACGUAAGAUAGGAGGAAUUAAUACAUCAUGGAAAAGGAAAAUAGAGGAAAGCAUUGAAUCAUUUCAGAAACAGCUAAGUGCUCCCUUUUUCAAAAAUGUGUUUCUUCAAGCCUAUUCAUUUUACAACUUUGUUCUAAACUGUGGGUUGAAGAAUCUAGCUGAGGAAAAUUAGAUUUCAAAUCUUAUGAUGCAGUCUUGCUGAUGAUUACGAUAACUUGUAAGGUUUUGACUCAACCUUUUAAAAGGCAUAGGGUUUGGUGUUUAGUAUUUUAGUCUUGCCCUCGUAUUGUAUUUACAGUGUAUAAUACUGAUCAAUGGGCCUUGGGCACAGUUCUUCAGCCACCUUGAGACCAUGAAAUGAACACUCACAUUCUGACCCUACACCUUGUCCCCAUCCUUUCCAAAGUUAUUGCUGCAGAUUUGUGCUGCCAUUUACUCAUUUAUUUAAUAAAGGCAUUCAAUCCCAGGACUGAAUUCUAGUUUUCUCUCUCUUCACAGGGAAGAAUUAUAGAUCUCAGAAAUUAGCGUUGCUUUCACAUUCAGCUUAUUUUAUCUUUCUAAUCUACUUUGAGGGAGAAUGAUUUGAAUAGCUUUUCUUUGUAAAAUUAGUGAACUUCAGGUUGAACAGGUAGGUAAUAAGGAUGAAAUCAACUUAAAAUUAGCAAGGUAGUUAGGAGAAACCCACAACCAACCACUCUAUUAGGGCCCAUCUGGUUGCCUACUGACUACUAGCGUUAUAUUUCAGGUAAUAAUUCUCCUAGAUGUCUCAGGAGGCACCUGUGGUUCUAAAUCUGCUCAUCAUGACCUCAAUCUAGGUGCCCUAAGAAAAUAAAUUCACUCAAAUGUUAUUUGCUUAUGUAUAACUGACCUCACUCUAAAAAAACUAUUUGAACCUAGCUUAGAAAAUUUGUGUGCCUGCUAUAUGAAAAGCAUUGAUCAGACAAUAUAAAAAGAUGUAAAUAGGAAUGAAUCAAGAGUCCUACCCUCAGUUGUUAAAAAGGGAAGUAAAUACCAAGAGAAUUUCUAGGUUGGAAAACUGGAGUACUAACGAAAAGGCUGACUGUUCAAACCACCCCCCAAGGUGCCUCGAAAGUAAGGCCUGGCGAUCUGCUUCUGAAAGAGCAGUUCUACUCAUGCACACAUGGGGUCGCCAUGCAGAGACUUCAGAAAAUCAACAACAAAUACCAAUAUGGAUAAUCUUGGCAGUAUGCCAUAAGUAAAAAUUAGCCUAGCCAGACCUAGACAAGUUCAGAGAAGGGAGAGCCAUGUAAAUCUUCCUCCUAGGACUUAAAAGGGCCACCAUCAAUGACAAAACAAAAUGAAGAACGGCGCUAGGAAGGUUCAGUGAUAUGUCCUUUUCUAUUUUUAUGGAUUUUUGAACAGACGACUCUGGCUGUGUUAGGACCAGCGCAGUCCUUCUAUCACGGCCAUUGGAUUUGCAAACUGGAGGCUUCUUCCUUUUCCAAAAAGAAAAACCAAACCCUUCGUCGGUGAGUCGAAUUCCGACUCAAAGCGACCCCAUUGGCCAGGGUACAACUGCGCAAUAGGGUUUCCUAGGCUGCAAUCUUUACGGAAGCAGACUGCCACAUCUUUCAUCCCUUUCCAGAUCCCCCUGAAAAAGUGAUCCAGUUAUUUAUUUCACUGUUCGCCCUGACAACUUGGCUCCGAGAUCCUUCUAUUCAGCCUAGAAAUAUGUGUCAGGCACCAGAACCCAAUUCAUGUGAAACGAUCCAAACUUCGGGCAAGGCUGGGAUACGGCAGCAAGUGUUCCCGUCAACUCUAAAACCGGCGGCCCGGAGAACCAGCCAAGAGAGAGGCUGCUAACUCCAAGACCCGUGCAGAAUCUGAUCCCCCCUCAGAGGUCUCCGAGCCCCGGGCGCCAAAACAAACCAUCGGGCCGCCCCUGCCGGAACUAUACGACACGUAAUCAAAUAAUCCUCCGCCUCGCUAAGUAGUCCUGAUAGGAUCUCUCGGAUACACACUUUUUCACCUCAAAAGGCCUUCAGUACAUACGAAAUGAGCCUCGGAGGUGUAUCACCCAUCUCUUCGGAAGGAAACGUGGGUUUUCUAAUCAUUUUCCCUCCACGCAUUCCUCCGUCAGAUUUCGCCCUCGCUGCGCCUUCACUUCCGGGUCCGCCAUUUUGUUGCCUCCAUUUCUCCACGAGGGGGGGUUAAAGGCCCCCAAAAUAUGCAUAUAUGAAAAGGCCAAAAAGUAACCGUCACUGACAAGGAGUCUUAACUAGAGAAGGAAACAGGACCAAACUGGCGGGCUCGGUGGAAGCGCAGCCGGCAGCGUCCCGGACGAGGAGCUUCCUGAAAACGCUUGUUCCUAUGCAUAAAGAUGUCUUUGGUGGACUUGGGGAAGAGGUUACUAGAAGCAGCGAGAAAAGGCCAAGAUGAUGAAGUGAGAACGUUGAUGGCAAAUGGCGCCCCAUUCACUACAGACUGGCUCGGAACAUCACCCCUCCACCUUGCAGCCCAGUAUGGCCAUUAUUCCACAGCAGAAGUGCUCCUGCGAGCUGGCGUUAGCAGGGAUGCCCGGACCAAAGUGGACAGAACGCCUUUGCACAUGGCCGCAGCCGAUGGACACGCACACAUCGUGGAGCUGCUCGUCAGGAACGGUGCAGAUGUGAAUGCCAAGGACAUGCUAAAGAUGACAGCUUUGCACUGGGCCACAGAGCAUCAUCAUCGAGAUGUUGUAGAGCUGCUUAUCAAGUACGGAGCUGAUGUCCAUGCUUUCAGCAAAUUUGAUAAAUCUGCCUUGGACAUAGCCUUGGAAAAAAACAAUGCUGAGAUACUGGUCAUUCUCCAGGAAGCAAUGCAGAGUCAGGUGAAUGCCAAUCCCGAGAGAGCCAACCCCACGACUAACCCUGUGACUGUGGCUGCUCCCUUCAUCUUCACCUCGGGAGAAGUCGUGAACCUCGCCAGCCUUGUUUCUUCAGCCAGCACCAAAACAACCUCAGGCGACCCACAGGCCUCGAGAGUCCAGUUCUCAAAUGCUACCCCCUCAGUGCUGGCCACGCUCGCAGCUCUCGCUGAGACGUCAGCCCCGCUCUCCAACCCACACAGAGCCACAGACAGUUCAGAGGAAAUGGUAGAAGGCAAUUCUGUUGACUCAUCACUCCAGCAAGUGGUGGGGAGUGGAGGCCAGAGGGUCAUCACCAUAGUGACCGACGGAGUCCCUCUGGGUAGUCUCCAGACAGCAAUCCCUACUGGAGGCAUUGGCCAGCCAUUUAUUGUGACGAUGCAAGAUGGGCAGCAAGUUCUAACUGUGCCUGCCGGUCAGGUUGCAGAGGAGACUGUAAUUGAAGAGGAGGAGGAAGAAGUAGAGAAGCUGCCGACGACUAAGAAACCAAGGAUGGGAGAGAUGGCAGACAGUGUGGAGGAAAGGAAGGAAGGCAGUGAACGAGCCCUCCUCCAGCAGCAGCUCCAGGAGGCCCAUCGCAGAGCUCAGGAAUACCGCCACCAGCUGCUGCAGAAGGAGCAGGAGGCAGAACGGUACCGCCUCAGGCUGGAGGCCAUGGCCCGCCAGCAGCCCAACGGAGUAGAUAUCGCCGUGGUUGAAGAGGUGGCCGAGGUAGAUGCUGUUGUAGUCACAGAGGGGGAGGUCGAAGGGAGAGGGACAGAAAUGACGGGGGCACCAGAGACCUUGGAGCCUCAUAGCGGAGUUUCCAUGGAAACGGUUUCAUCUUAACAUGCAAGGGCCACAACUUGGGCUGUGUCCGUCUUUUUUACUUUGAAAGAGAAGACACGGGACAAACGUGAUCUAAAACUUAACGGCUGUCCGUAAGAAGAAAACUAUAGCAGGGUACAGUGCUUAGGCUCAGGAAAGCUCUCUCUGCAACUGGAAAAUUGAAAGCCAAAUUGAGGGGACAUUUCUCCUGAGGGGCCAAAAGAAUAAGGACCAAAUUACUCAGCUCACAUCAUUACUUUAAGAAUAGAGGUAAAAGAAUGCCGGCUGUUAAUGGGUUCAGUCAUUGUUUUUUAAAUAACUGACUUUCUAUCAAAAUAUUUUAAGAUAACAUUCCUCAUACAUACACACCCAGAGCCUUUAAUAAUUGUACCAUCAAGUGACCUGAAAAUUUGCCUUGGAUUUAUGAUGCAUAUCUGUUAGAGAAGAAAACUAAUUGGGAGGGGGCGUUGGAAGCCAGCUCUGGGGAAGAGAGAAGGAAAAUCACUGCCAAAGGAGUGAGCACUCCCAACUGUCCUAAGUUAACAUCACUGAAAAGAAAUAUGUGCAAUGGCCUGGCAAAUUUACACCCAUUCUGUGUCAUAGCUCAGAUACUGUUGUUAAAGAAACUGAAAUAGAGUUUGUAAAACCAGAAGGGAAAGAAAACUUAAUUUAUGUGGGAGAUGUGUAUGUGAAACCAAAAUCCUUCAGGCUGUGCUUCCACAAUGCUGGCAGGUGGCCUAGAAGAGGCUUCUGGGGUUAUGGAACAAUCUGGCCUUAAGAUACAAACCUUACGCGGGCUGGAUUUUGUAAAAUCGCCAACAGGAGGGUAGUCUGUUGUCAGAACAACUUACCUUCAGACAUUUCUUUAUGUGAUUUCAAGCUCAGAUUCUUUAAUUUUAUAAAACUGUUGAAUUUUAUAACUGUCACCUAGGAUAGACAUGUGCCUUUCUGUGAAGCUUAGAUGUUAGCCUCUUAAAUGCAAAAAAAAAAAAAAA